AUGGCUACCCAAAACUGCUCCGACCGGUUUCCCUUCGUCUGCAUUAGGGACAACCUGGUCCUGGUAAAGGAGAACAAAACAUGGAGGGAUGCACUGGACCACUGCAGAGCCCUUAAUUCCCCCUACAAUUCCAGCAUCCGCUUUGAGUUGAACUCUGUAGAGGAUGAAGAGCGGCUUCUCAGGACCCUUCCUCCUCCCCCUCCUCCUCCCCCUCCUCCUCAGCAUUCAAACACAGCUCAUAACACUGACUUGGCCACCAUCAAAACCCAGACUGAUGAAGACAGUUUGCACUUGGAGAAGUAUCAUGCCUGGAUCGGCUUGUACAAAAAAAGAGACGAAGAAUUGGCAUGGAGCAAUGGAGAAAGCUCCAACUACGUCCUUCCUUUUACACAUCCUCCCCGAUACAGCAACAAAGGAUGCGUAUCAUGUGAAACUUGGAGGUGGAGCACAGGAGUGUCCGACUUCAGAAAUUGGGCAGAAGAUGAGCCAGGGAAGAAUGGCGAUUGUGUCUCUAUCUCCUCCUUAAACAAAGAGAUGGCUACCCAAAACUGCUCCACCCGGUUUCCCUUUGUCUGCCUCAGGCACAACCUGGUCCUGGUAAAGGAGAACAAGACAUGGAGGGAUGCACUGGACCACUGCAGAGCCCUUAAUUCCCCCUACAAUUCCAACAUCCGCUUUGAGUUGGUCAGCGUGCAGCCAGAAGACCAUGAUAACGUGAUGAACAAGGUCAAAGAGGGCGAUACUAAAGAGGUGUGGGCAGGCCUCCGUUUCCUGGCCGGUCAUUGGGUGUGGGUGAACGGUGCGAGUUUGGUGUACUCCCACCUCCCUCCAUGCCCCCCUGUUGAGCAGGGCUGCGGGGUCUUAUCUAAGAAUGGCACGGGCAGAGUGGAGAUCACAGACUGCACUGAGAAAAGGAACUUCCUAUGUUAUAGCUCAUACUGA